UUCUCCAACGAAAAUGUUCAUUUUGUAAACCGAAAGGGGUGCGAUUGACCCCAGAAAGUCAAGCCAAGCCAAACCGACCCGGGCUCAUCGGAAAACGGACGCAAAAUGCCGGUUUUCGCGAACUGCCAUCAGUUCGGAGAGCGCCUAGGACUCCACCACUUCUUCCUUCGAUAAGAAGCCGGACCAGGAGACCUUCAAACGACCGGAACGGAUCAGCUUUAGAGCACACAAACGGACACAGGCAAUCCCUACACGGAAUUAUCGCAAACGGAACAUCGUAACAAACAGACUGAGAAAUCGCCAUGAAACCGCCAACUGCAGAGGACUCCGCUACGCCGGUCAAGUCUGAGAUGUCGACUUCCGGCACGGGUAGCGGAACGCCCACUACGGUGGCGUCCACAUCGACGCAAACCCAAGCACAACCACAGCAGACACCCGGCGGAGGAACCGGAAGCAACACCUCAAACGCCUUCGGGACGGUGAAAUAUCGGAUCAAACCGCCAUCGGCAGCACAUGCCACGUCGUCGUCGACGGCAUCCGGACCCCCCAACGCUGGAUGCUUCAUCAAGCCUUCGCUGUCGCUAAACUCACUGCCACCGCAAGGUCCCCACGAGGGGUCCGAGAUGGCACAAAACAGACUGAGAAUCGAUCGGCCAUACAAUAGCUUAAAGAAAAAGCGCGACUCAGAGCGCGAACUGUGGCGCCGGUCGUGGGGCAGCGGGCACAGCCAUAGCUCCUGCAGCUUGCAGAGCAGCAUCACGACCGGCAUCGGCAAAGACGACUUCUGGGCGGCACUGCAGACCAACUACAAUUUUAUCAUGGACACGAACCUUCUCGACAGCUGUCGGGAAGCGCGAGGCGAAAUCGAAGGGUCCGUUGUGCGACCCCGGGAGGACCACAUGGACUACUAUCGGAGGGCCAUGUUCAAACCCUCUCCGAUGCAGACGUUCUACGGAGAUCCCCGCCUGCUGCGGCAGUGGAUCAGGGAGAUGGAGAUUCGCAUUUCACGGAUUCCUUCGAUUACGGAGACGAAGCGGUUGAACACGGAGCAGUUGCUGAGGCUCUCUGGAGAACAUUCGGUGAGUAAAUCGCAGCAAUCUAUUUUUGAACGACGCUGAAGACAAACAUCGUGC